AAUACAAGUUCAUAUGAUAUCGAUGCAGAGCAAAUAAAAAAGCUACACGAGUUAAAGGAGAGGAUACCUCAAGAUAUCAGAUCACGUCGUAGAGCCGAUGGUGAAUUAAUGCACGAUGAUAAUGAACUAGUACGCUUUCUACAGGCUCGUAAAUGGGAUAUAGACGCUAGCGAGAAGAUGUUCAGGAACUACCUUCAAUGGAGGAAAGAUUUCAAUAUAGACGAGCUCAGUGAGUCAUUUGAGCUGACUAAAGAUGAGAAGGCUGCAUUAGACCAGUAUUAUCCUCAGUUCUUUCACAAGACAGACAAGCUUGGAAGACCAUUAUAUUACCAACAAUUCAAUAAACUAGAUGCAUCGGCCUUGUUUGAGAAGAUUACCCCGGAAAGAUUUACACUCAAUCAGGUCAUCUCUAAUGAAAGGCUGGUAAAAGAUACUUUCAGAGCCUGUUCAAAAGCGCGUGGUCUGCAUGUAUCACAGACGGUCAACAUUAUGGACGUUAAAGGUAUCGCCUAUUAUCAAUUCUGGAAGAUUAGAGGAAGAUUUCAGUCCAUUAUUCAAAUUUUGCAAGACAAUUACCCUGAAUUGAGUGGACCUAUUGUUAUAAUUAACGCUCCUACCGGGUUUAGUACGAUUUGGAAGGUUGUCAAAGCUAUGAUGGAUCAAGCAACGGCUUCGAAGGUGUCCAUCCACGGUUCAGGUUAUAAGGAAGCUUUAAAGGAACUGUCAUUUGAUGAAAACUUGCCGACCGAGUUUGGCGGUAGCUGCGUUUGCUCACUUCACGCAGAUGAAAAGGAAUUGUAUGAAAAUGGCACAUCAAAAGACAAACCAUCGACUUGUGCAAUUAAGGGGCCUAGACCAACACUAGAUGAAGUGUCUAAUGGCAAUUUUGAGAAUAUAGGAGUCAUUAACAAAGAUGAUGAUGCUUCAUAGGCAUAGAUUUAGACUAAAUUUCGUUCGCAAGGCUUAUACAUCGGACUUUUUCCUAGAAAAUAUUUACAGAUUGUCGUUAUUAUUAGUGAUUUGUUCCAAUAUCAUUAUGGGCUGCCAUUUCCUUUGCUUCUUCUGGCGCGUCUUGGCCUACGUCCUCGAUUAUAAAUUGAAUAACUACUAAAUUAUGGCCAGUUUUUCUAUUCCGAAGAUAAAAUCUAACCGGUUGACCAUCCCAGUGCUUAAGUAAUCCAAUGUUGAGAUUUAUUUCUGGGAAAGAGAGUGAUAAAGUUGAGAAAUCUAUGAAUCCUUUUGCAAAAUCUAAUGCUACUAUUUUGUUAGACAGCAUUACACCCUUCCUGUUGCUCUCAUUGUGAAAAUGUCUUCUGCGUGAAGUGGGAUUCCCAUGCUCAAGCUUGUCAUCAUCGCUUGUCAAACAUUUCACGUCAUCCUCUAGUAUCAUAUUGUCUUCCUUAAAAAGCUCGUUUGUGCUCGUGUUGUCAGAGACGUUUAGUCGUUCUACUGUGCUACAAACUGGUGAGAAAGCCCACGGUUUAUCCGAGUAUAAAUCUUCUGAUAAGGUAGGAUCGAGAUAUUUUAUAAAUUUAACUGCUAUGCUUGUUCCCCAAGGUAGUCUGUCUCUAAUUGGGCGUUCAAAUUGAUUGCCGAAUAUGAGAUCAUCGCAAUCAACGUCGUCCUCCUUUAUCAAACCACGCAAUUGUAUAGACCAAGUUACAGAACUAUUAGAUUCGUGGGUGAAAUAUCCGUGUGGAUUACUAUUAUCUUUGAGUAAAACAACAGCAUUACCAGUGAAAUGGGCAUUGUCUAUAUCCACAGGAACACCUUUAUCGUAAUCUACAACUUUGUAGUCAUCCUCUGAAUUUCCUGCUAAUAUUUUAAGUUUGAU